AUGGCAGUAAGCCAGAGCAUCAGGGACAGGGACAGGGACAGGACAAGUGUGUGCGGUGUGGUCGCGGCUGGGGUGGCGCUGCUGCUGCUCAUCGUUGUGGCGUACCUCGUCUUGGCUUUUCGAUCACAUGGUCGGGCGCUCAGCAGCAGCACCAGCGCGCUUGCAACGAGAGGCGCCAGUGAACAUGGGUCGCUCAUCGUUGCAGGUGACCUGGAGCGAGGAGCUGCGGACGUUGCCCUCGCCCUACUUGAGCAGGAACGCGCGCACUCGCUGAAGGGAAGAGGAAGAAGACGACGAACCGUCGCUGUGAUUGCACAGUAUCCACUGCAGGCUGGCAUCUCCUCGCGGGAGAAGCUCGAGGCAAAAGCGCGCCAACUCCACGAGGCCGGCAUUCCGCUGCUGAUCAUGGACCUGUGCAACCACCACGAGCGAUCGAGGGCGCUCAACACAGUCAAGAGCGGUACGUGGGUCGGCAUUGGGCUCACGGCGCGGGAGUGCGAGUGCAUGGCUCAACACGCAGACACCUUGCUGUCCUCAGAGAUGCACCACGUGCUGCUUGUCGAUCGAGCCACCGUUACCCAGCGUCUCUCCCUCAUCGUGCACGGCGGGGCCUCUGGUGUGCAUGUGGUGGCACCGCACGAUGUCGCAACAGCUCUUGUUUAUGGAAGGGAGCUUGCCAGGGCGGGAUGCGUGCUGGACAGGGCUGCACUCCAACAGGUUGUGACGGGUGGUGUCGGUGACGACGCGCCAAGCUGGUGCGCGCAACCACACACAUGGACAAAGUUGCUGUCUCUGCUUCGUCAAGAGGAACAUGACGGUGGUGAUGCAGGCACGCAGUAUCCGCCGAAAACCACAACGCACACCGACACAACACCCUGGGCCACAGCAUGGGCAGCGCACGUUGCACGAUAUCACAGCAUUGCCGACGCGUGGGCGCAAGAGCAGGAGAGUCAACGCCAUGCUGCUCGCUGCAUGGUGUCAGGGAUGAUGACUGCAUGGGAGCUUCCCCCGUUCAGGUCACCGCCCACAAAGGCCUUCAUGUUCUUCUCUGGCGUCGAUUCACCGGGCCACGAAGUGAUGAUCUACGCUUCUGGCACAUUGGACGAGUGGGAGCAGCUUUGUAAUGAGUUGUCAGAGUGCGUUGCCUUCAACACCAGGGGAGAGCUGAAGAAGCGCGUGCGUCCGCGAGAUGACUGGAAGCGGUUUGAAGCCGCAGAGAGCAUCAAAGACGGCCUCUACGUUGCCGCCAACAUCGACGUGUGCGACUUGGAUCUUCACCACUGCCACAAGGAUGCGGUGUGCAACCCACAAGACCUUGCGUCGUACACGUGUACAUGCAACAAAGGACUCGACAGGCCCAAGUUCCCAGAAGUGGAUGCACCGUUUGUGUUCUUCCCCCAUAUGGAUUCCAACUUGCACGACCUUUUGCUGGUGGAGCGCACCAUUCAGGAGGAUGGCGAUGCACACGUUCGGCGAUUGAUGGACACAUGCCGCUCACUUCCGCGUUGUCUCGGAUUCAACACAAAUGGGAUGCUGAAGGAGCGGAUAGCACGACCAGACGAGUGGUACGCAUUCACGGAGGACGACAAUGCAGGGCUGUAUGUGCUCGACAUUGACUACUGCACACUGUCGGACGAGGGGUGUGUCGUUGGGGCAAGCUGUCAGAAGAAGGGCCCAGGCCUCUAUCAGUGCGAAUGCGAUGAUGACAGCCUUGAACUCACGGAAGUCAGCGCGGGCGAGGACACAGCAAUGGAUGCACGCGAACCACGGACUGUGCAGCAGCAGCAGCAACAGCAGCAGGUAUUGAGCAAGCCGCGUGCCAUCACCAUUGUGCUGACCGCAGAUUCAGAGCAUUAUGCAGGCAUUGUGGCUGUCAUCAAUUCUGCACGGCGGCACUCGGCUGUUCCUGGCCGUCUCAUCUUCCACGUGCUGGCAGUUGCCGAUGCAUACGCGCUUGCAGUCUAUCUGAGGUGCCGCGGCCUGCAGGCAGAGGUGGUGCCACCCAUCACCACACACGACGAUGAACGCCAACUCAGCACAAGAGCCGUUCGCGUUCACAACUUGAGUGAGCUCACAACUUUCCAACAACAACCACCACCACCACAGCAGCAGCCACCACCACAGCAGCAGCAACCACCACCACCACAGCAGCAACAACAACAACCACCACCACCACCACAGCAGCAACCACCACCACCACCACAGCAACAACAACAACAGCAGCAACAGCAACAGCAGGUGGAAGAUGUGGCCUUGCUGUGGAAUUCCAUUCGUGCACUUGCACUCGUGCGCACAUCCCGUGGCAUUGCAGGCAACCUGGCCUCUGACGCCAACUUUGCCCGCUUUCUCAUCCCGCCCUUGUUCGCAAGCGAGACGGCUGUGUUGUAUUUGGACGCUGACACGCUCGUGCAAGGGGACCUCGCGAACCUGUGGGCCAUCGUGCAAGCAGCAUCAACGGUGCCCACCGCAGCUGCUGAUGGUGGUGGUGGUGGUGGUGGUGGUGGUGGUGGUGGUGCUGCUGCUGCUGCUGCUGCUGCCGCCGCUACUGAUCACGCAGCUGCUGAUGUUGAUGCUGGUGCUGGUGUAUCCAACAUCGACUCUAGAACAGCGCACCAGGCUGCCCCCGUUGUUGCUGCUGUACCACGCGCUUUCCCAACGUACGCGUCGUUUUUCAACGCACACGUGCGUGACUUGUACAAGCAGCACUACGGCGACGGCGCGGCGAUGAUGGUUGACGAGCCAACCUUCAACGCUGGCGUGAUGGUGUUCUGGCCCCACCGCUGGCAACAGCAGCGUGUGGAUGAGGACGUGCUGUGGUGGAUGCAGCAGCACCGUGAGCACGUGAACGACGCAGACAACGGGUUGUGGGACUUUGGAACACAGCCGCUGCUGCUGCUCGCUGUGCACAAUCGUUGGAUGCACCUGCCAGCCGAGUGGAACGUCAAUGGCCUGGGAUACAGGACAGACAUCAAGCAAGAUGUGAUUGAUGGUGCAAGCGUCCUCCACUGGAGCGGGAGACAGAAGCCUUGGCUUGAGGACGUUGGGUUGUAUCGCAGCAUUUGGCUGCCUUUCUCACGCGUGCCCUGCAGCGGCCAUGGUACAUGCUCCCUUGAUGACAACGGGUGUCGGUGUGAGCACAACUGGGUUGGAGAACACUGCCAAACGUCAGCGAGGGGCAGCCACUGA